AAUCCAUUGAACUCCAGGGUUUCUGCAGCCAUUGGAACUUCUGGACCAUGUCGGUGCUCGUGCCCAUCUUGAAGCAGGGCCUUUGGCAACGACCACAUGUGCCCGAGGAGGUGCCAGAGGAACUGCAGGGCCAUCUCAGCCAAGAAGACUACCAGCAGGUGAAAGGCGAGUUGGAUCAGCUGGUGCAGCGAGCAGCCAAAGCAAGGAGGUUUGCACUGAUCCGAGGCCUUGUCCUUUUUCUGGUCUUUCUGGCAGCUGCUAUUCCCUUCAUGGUCUUCGGUGCUCUUGGAACCGUACUGGAUAGUGUCAUGAAUUUUCGGUUGUUUGUGAUCUCUGCGGCUUUCGGCUUCUGUUCCAUCCCUUGCGCUUUCAGCGCCUACCACGCUGCAACUGUGCCACUGAGCCGGUGCAAGGGACCCACUAAUAUGCCUAAUUCAACCUUCAACCAGUUGCAUCGCCAGUACCCUGGCAUCCACUGGCAAUACCUUGAAGGGACUGAAAGUGAUGAGAGCAACGUGGUCGUUGCGGCCUUUCAGGCAACUCUGGUGGCAGCGGAUUCGGAGGCUGGAACCAAUUAAAGUGAUUUGCACCUGAAGGGUUCUACACCAGCAGUGCUCAUGAGCUUGUCCCAGAGUCUGUUGGGAUGGCCCUAAAAACGGGGCUGGUUGUGCAGCUUGUCCAAGAGGGACGCCACCUCAAAGCGUCAAAGACAGCAAGGUGACAACGAA